CAAAGCCUUUACGUCAAGCCAGACAGGAAGAAGAAAGCAAAAUCUGAUGGCAAGAUAGCUGGGUACCCUCGUCCCCCUCGAUGCAAAUGCAUACCCGCUACUUUCGCCUAUGGACGCGCUCUCCCGCUUCACACGGAUAUCGUCUGUGUGCAAGACAGAGUUGAUCUUAUGGCAAACAUCAGCUCGCCAUGUACCAUCGCUCAUCUGAUCCUCUGUGAGAGAAAAUAAUUCAACGAGAGGGGGUGAGAUGAAAAGCCAACAAUCCCUGCUCGCCUUAUCGGCACUCUUGCUCUGCACAUUACACCAGACAGCUGGCUCCAGCAGAUCUCAUCGCAGCAGCUCAGCAUCAUUAUCAACAUCAUCUCCAUCAGAGGUUAGAGGCAAGAUUAAUUUGGGGACGCCCCAAAACUGGUUAAAACAGACUUUUAUUGGCUCCACUUAUGGCAAUCACAGCCACAAAAGUAGGCCAUCACCAAAGCUUAAAGAGGCUACAGGCCAAGAGAAUAGCUUUUCCUUCAACACCAACAGAGGCAAUGUUACUACUGUGGUAUCAGAGAAGUCUGGCAGGCGACCAACCUGGGUCCCCGAGGAUGGGGAGUCACCACUGUGUGCCUACCGAGUGAUCGAGGGUGGCAUUGGGGGACAGCUGUGUUUUAGGAACACGUUGUCCGGGUACAAAUGUCAGAAGGCAGACUGCAGGACAGUGGUGUCUGUUGGGAACCUGGUGGCAAAUAUUCUCAUCAAUGGCAGUGUACUGUUACAGUGGACUCAUGGGGCAGAAUCCUCAAUGCCCAGCCAGGAUGCUAAGACUGCAGCUGGUCAGAGAAGCAGCGGGAACGCCGGGACAGAUCUAACAAGAGAGGGGACUCUAAGGUCGAGCUCUGUUUUCAGUGGACGCCGGCACAGACGUGGAGGCUAUGAGCUGAGCUGCUGGUGGAACGGAAGCUAUACCCAGUUUGACUGUGCCGGUGUUCGUCUUGGACUGGGGUGCAGGGACUUUCUCCUCAGUGAGCUGCAUGAGAACAUCCCCUACCGCUUCUGCCUGCGCUCCUUGGCCCACUCUGAUCCAGCUUUGAGAGCAGACCAGCAACGGGACUGUGUUGAGUUUACCCUGCCACCAUCAGGGAUGCAGGACAUUGUGAUCGCCAUGACAACGGUUGGGGGAGCUAUUUGUGUGAUGCUGGUCAUCAUCUGCUUGCUGGUGGCAUACAUCACUGAAAACAUCAUGAGUCCCACUUCACAGCACACAUACUCCUACCGCACUCAUUCUCGCCACUGAAGUUGCACUGAGUUCAGGGUGCACUGCAAAAGAAAUGAUCGACAUCUAACCUCCAUGAUAACCAUAUCUCACAAGUGUAGUCACUCAUGGUCAGUAACAGUUUUAAAUAACCUUAUAUGAUUUAUAGAUUCUAUUAAGACUUUUAAUUGAAGCACAAUCAACUGUGACUGCAAAAAAACCACGCCUUGUUAGCCUUUGUGAGGAUGCACUGAACCAAAAGUACUGAUAAUCCACUAUUACACAGAUGUUUACUGUUUUUUGUUCUUGUCGGGGAUGGUCUAUGAUUGAGUCUGCCAACCCAGAUACUGGCAGCAUUUAUAGAGCAAUACACUUGGACUUUGACAACAUAUGAAACGGCAGUCUCUGCUGCAUGUGAAGCCUGUAAAACACCCAGACUGAUCCCAUCCUUGCUUUCAGUGGACUGAAUUAUUCCUCCACUCCACAAAACAACAUUUAUAUUUGCUUUAAAAUCUGCAUACAGUGUGUUUCUUUAACCAUUCUGUGGUUCAUCCAGUCUGGUAUACAUUAUCUUAAUACUGUGCCAAACAUCUUGAGUUAGAAUGCCUUCAUAACAUGCUGUGAGUCAAUAAAGCAACAUGAGGCCAUUUGUAAUACUUAA